AGUUUUCAAGAAGAAAUGCUGAUUUUACGCCAAAACAAUAAAUUGCGUGCAUGCAUAAAUGCAUCAAAUAAUAGAUGCCUUGCUACGAAGGUGCAGCCAGCUGCACAGACCAAUAACAAUUCCGAAUAUACCGAUGAACCACAAUAUCCAGAAAUACAAGAUGUUUCGUUUAAAGCACGUAAAGUUAGAGAAAAAGAAGAUUGGUAUAAAGAGAUUGAAGAGGUACCAACUGUAGAAGAAAAGUUAAUUAAAAUAAAUAUGCCUCGUUACUAUGGCUAUAAGGUUUUUAAAUUAACUGAUGAAAAACUUCCAUAUAAUUGCUUACCCGCUAUACAACAUUAUACGAGAACUAUUUUUGAAAGUGCCGACGAAAAUAUUGCACCGGAAGCACUGCAGAAAAUCAAUACAUUUGUAGAAGCUGCUAAGAGUGAUGUUCAAGAUGCGUUAGAAUUUGCCCAUGAGUAUUACAAGCAUAAAUAUCCUAAUACUUCUAACAUAGAUCCACAGGUGAUGGAACGCACUUUUACGCAGCUCAUCGUAGAACAAAUUAAUAGAGUACUUAUAAAUACGCUUGCAGCAGAUAUAUCCUAUUUAAAUGAAGUUGAUGUCGAUUACAAUCCAAGACACGAAGCCUUUUGGUUUGUUGGUGGCAUAGAUCCACCAAAGAAUGUAGUUAAAAGUAAAAAAGGUCACUCUUGGCAAAAGGAAAUGGCAAAUGAUUCCGUUGAUCGUCCCAUUCAGUACAAUGGUACACCAUAUCUGGCGCUAAGACAUAAAUAUCAAUUGCCUACAUUUAAAAGUGAUAUUGAUUCUGAAAAUAUGGAAUUAGCUAAAACAAUACCACGUUUUAAUUAUGAUCCACGCACCUUAGGUUUUGUGCCUGCCUAUCAACAUGGUAUAAAUGUGCCAGGAUUUUGGCCUGGUGCUCGUAAUGGUUUUGGUUGUAUAUCUUAUCAGUCACGUGCGGUUAUGAACAUAAGACCGGCAUCUUUCGGCGAAGUGGAUUUCAAGGAAGCUUUGCAUGCACAUGGUAUUCAAACGAGUUAUGCUUGGCUACUAGCACAAGCUAAUUAUAAUGGCUUUAAUACAUUCAGUGAACUAACCUAUCCCAUGAAUACGCAAACAAUUGUAACAAAUGGAAAAGAUUGGUCCUUCUAUGAAUAUCAAUUGAAUACUUUAUUAGUACAUUCUCGACACAUUGAUGAUAAUCCAAGAGUUAACUUUUGUUAA